AAAUUUUGCAUUGUAUUUUUUAGUUUGGUGUUGUGUUUUUAAGUUUUAAGGCUUAAACUGAAGAAGAAGAAGAAAAAAGAAAAAGACGGUGAGCUCAAACUGUUUGUAAAAAAUCCUCAGAGAAAGAAGACUUAAUGCAUUGGUUGGUAAAUUAGAAUGUAACCUUUUUAGUGGUAACUUUUCCCCAAGUAUAUUCAUGAUGCUUAAAUUUAAAUUUCUGGUCUUCUGCUAUUUUUGGUGACGUUUCUUCUUUCCAGUUUUCGAAUGAGAUGGUGCAUUGACACUACUGAAUACUCUUGAAAUUGAUAUAUACGUCGGAGUUGCUUAAAAAAUUGCUAACCGUAAAAAAUCUGGAAUAUGCAUAGCCGUUGUGAAGUUGUGGAGGAUAAUUUUCAAGAGAAAGCAGUAGACUCGAAUGAUACAACUAUUCCAACCCAUAAACAAGUAAAAAAAGCCCAAGGCAGAGUGAACAUCCCGUUUGCCUGGGUGUGUCGAGGAGCUCAAGGAAGGGUUGAUCGGUUUGCUGAGUUUCGAGAAGAAGAUCGUAGGUGGCAAGCGAUCUUGUCUGAGGAGAAUCUUCGUGGUAGCUCUUUGUGGAGUCAGGUUCCUCGUCAUCCUGAAGGCAAACGAAAUUUUGCAGACCUUCUUAUGGCUGGAGAAAUGUUUCGUCUAAAUCUGACAGGCUUUGGGGCUAUGGAACGCCUACGAGCACGUAAGAAGCAGGCAAUUGCAUCGUCAAGUGCUGAGAAUGAUGUUGUCAAUGAAGUUCCUCCUCUUCCUCUUCCUACUGCUGGAAAGACUCAGAAGAACAAGAAGAAGCGGACUUCUCCAACUGAUUCGUCUGACUGGUUUGCUGAGAAGAUAGAGCUUUCUUUUCCGUCAUCCGCCUCAGCACAUUCUGAGUUUCGUCCUCACCUUGAGGAGGUUAAUAAGCUACUAUGGCCUGAGGACAAAGACAGGUUUGAUCAGCUUGGAUCAAAGUCAUCGCUUUCUGCUUCCAUUUCUCACGUCUUUCAGGGUAUGCAAGGCCUUAUGUGGGCCAAUGAGAAGAUUCAAGAACUAGAAAAACAAGUGAAAACAUUGAACCGUCAAAAUGUUGAUUUUCGGUCUGAGGUCAAGGGAUUGAAGACUUGUAAAAAAGACCUUGAGAAACUUAACGGGGAUCUCAAGACCCAAUUAGAUGCCAAGGAGCUAGAUGCUAGUCGCCUACAACCUACUUUGGAUACUUUGGCCAAUGUUCGAACCAAGGUUGAUAUGUUAGAAGGUCGUUUGACUGAUAUUGCCUUAGAGACUGAGAUCCAGUGUCGUGGUCAGAUGGCGAUUGACUUUCGUGAUGGGAAGACUGAUUCCUGGAAUGUAAGUCAGUUCAUAGCCGACUAUGAAGAACUGCAACAAAUGAGGGUUGAAGAGGCUAUUCAAGCUAACAAUCUGGCUGUCUCCUUUGGAGACAUGACUACAGGCGAUCUUGGGCAGGAGGAUUGAUUUCUGAUCCUUGCUUGAUUUAGUAUUUCUUUGUCGUAGAAGCCUUUUCUUAUUCUUCUGUUUUUUAUAUGUUUUCUACGAUUGCACAAACUUUUUAUAAGUUGUUGUAUGUUGUUGUAAUUUCUUUCUAACAAGAUUAUGUCGGUAGUAGUUGGUCUAGCUUGAAUGGCAGGCUGGCAGUCUUGAUGGUUAUGAAACAAUCUUGUAUUUUGGCUCAAAGUAAUCUUGUAUCCUACAUAUUUUUCUUUAUAUUAAAAUGACUAGAAGUAUUAUCUUACUUUUCA